ACAAAAGCAGCACAUAAAAGAAAAUGCAAUAAAAAACAACGAAGAUUAUCAAGAUUUUGUCAACAAAAAAACUGAAUAAAUUCCAAAAAUAUUAUUCAUUAUUAAAAAAAAAUAAUUACAUAAAUAAACUACAAAACAAUUAUUCAAAAUUAUAAAGUUAAUUUGAAUUAAAAUCUUAUCUAUACUUUUUUGUCAAUUUAAAAGCAAAACAAAUCCAAUUUAAAGAAUUGUGAAAUCAUCAUAAAUAGACAGACAUUUUUUAUUUCUAUCGGCUACAACAAAACAACUACAACUUUGCUAUGCUCAUUUGUUGCUAUUUAUUUAACAGCUAAAGCUUGUUUAUUCAUGUUAAAUUUUCCUGGAAUUCGCGAAUAUUCAAAUUGAAAAAAAAAAAGAUAUAAGAAUAAUAGGUCAAUAUGGGAAUUCAUAAACCAAAUUCAAACCAAGUUUCUAAUGGAACUGGCUCUGUCCAAGACACAAAUACAGUGUCGACAUUUGGAAACCAAUCAACAGGUUUUAUUUCUGGAUUUGGACAACAAUCCAAUGCAGCAGUUUUUGGAUCAUUUGCAAAUCAAAAUAAUCAAGGAACAAACACUUAUUCGUCCACAGGGUUUGGUAGUCAACAUACUUUUGGAAACAACUUUUUUCAGAAUCCAGGAUAUUUUCAACCUUUCAACUUUGGAUUUGAUCGCAAGAUGUCAAAACACAUUACGAACAUUUGUUUCACAGGAUUUGGUGAACCUAAAACAAAUUAUUCUUUUAGUAGUACUUCUAGUGCUGGUACAAAAAAAAUCACAUUAAUUUUCGAACAUCCAAAUUCAAUUUUCGGAAGCAGUAUGUUCACCAAGCCAAAUACAAUUGUUGAAAUAGAAGCUUGUUCUACAAAUAACUGGUCUUCUUUACAAAAUUAUAAUGACUUUUCAUUCACUGUUCGUCAAAUUGAAAAAUAUAACAGCAUUUUUGUUAUGAAAAGCAGUAAACCAAUAAAAUAUUCUAUAAAAGUCAAACAGCAAUCUGGUCUUAACUACAACUACAACAAUACCAUGGCAUCAUCAAAUAAUUAUGGAAAUCGAAAAAUUACUUUAACUUUCCAACCAGAUCAACCAAAUUAUAUACCAAACACUAAUAUCCAAAGACCAAAGGAAACUAUUUUUGAAGUUCCUAUUGUAUCUACUAAAAAUGAUCCAUUUUCAACAUUUUCUAAGCCUUCCAAUGAAGAAUUUGCAUUUUCCGUUGGUCCAAGUAAUGCUAGCAAUUCAUUCGAAGUUCAAUUAUGCAAACAUGCAGCUUAUCGAGUAACAUUUGCAGAAACUGGAUCCAAUAAUAAUAAUCAACUAUUUGGUAACCGACAAACUAGAACUGGUUCAGUUUAUUUUGAUCAAGGUCGACAAAUGAAUGCUUUUCCAAAUACAAACUAUGCAAAUUUUGGUAAUUCAUCUGCAUUCGGUGCAGGGAAUGCUUUUGGAAGCUCAUCUUCCAAUUAUUCUGGUCAAAAUAUUAACGGUGGUGGUUCUACAUUAUUUGGGAACCCAGCAUCAGCUAGUGGAGGUUCAGUAUCAAACCAAUUAUUUGGUAAUUCAGGAACUUCGCAAACAACAGGAGGUUCAUUGUUUGGUAAUCAACCAUCAGCUACCGGAAAUUCAGCAUUUGGAUCAAACCAAUUAUUCGGCAAUUCCACAACGGGCAACGCAGCUGAGUCGCAAACUUUCCAAAACAGCCAACCAACAGUUGGUUCAUUUUUUGGUAAUAAACCAUCAAGUGCUGGAUCGAACCAAUUAUUUGGCAAUUCAACUGGUACAAAUCCUAUCCCGGAAAAUCGCCCAACUGGAGAUAUGUUUGGUAAUGGUGGAUCGGCAUUUGGUUCAUUAUUUGGAAAUUUAAGAGCAGAUCACGUUGAUCAAAAUCAACAAAUGAACACUGUUGGAUCAUUACCCAACCAGCCAAUAUUUGGUGGCAGUAAUGGCCAAGCCUGUGGAUUUAGUGCCAGUAAACCAGCAGGAGCAUUUUCUGACAAAAAACAACAAAUUAACACCUCUCCAAACACAGGAAACUCAUUGUUCGGUCAAUCAAGUAAUUGUAUGAAUAAUCAGCAACAAAUUUUCGAACAGACAUUCAAAAAUUCAAGUGCAGGAAACAAUGCAUUUUCUGACAAAAAACAACAAAUGAACACCUCUCCAAACACAGGAAACUCAUUGUUCGGUCAAUCAAGUAAUUGUAUGAAUAAUCAGCAACCAAUUUUCGAACAGACAUUCGAAAAUUCAAGUGCAGGAAACAAAGUUGCAUAUUUUGACCAAGGUCAGCAAAUUCAUACAAAUCAUGACCAGUUUGAAUCUAAUGCAUUUGGUUCAAAUCAUGCAUUCCAACAUCCAACACCAGUAAGCUAUCAACCAACUUUUGGCAGUGAAUUUUUAACAAAUAAAAAAUGCAAUAUCAAUACCAAAACAAAUUGCAUCACUGCAAUGAGAGAAUAUGAAAAUGCAUCCCUCGAAGAACUUCGAUUUAAGGAAUACUUUAGAAUCCAUGGACAACCAUCUGGCAACAUGCCUGUAAACUUUGGCAGACCAGAACAAACAACUUUUUCUAAUCCAAACACAUCAGAUAACAUGCCUAUAAACUUUGGCAGACCAGAACAAACUACUUUUUCUAAUCCAAACAUCAAUAUUCCAUCUCAAAACAUGACUGGAAAUACAAAUCAAGCUUUUUUCGAACAGCUUCAUAAAUUGAUUCCAUAUUUAAAUGCUGGUUCAUUUUGCAAAUGUAAUCGUUCGAGUAGUGCCUCAAAAAAUCAAACGGUAAUGCCCGCUAACAAUCAAUCGUCAUCGUCCAGAACAAACAAUGAUUCUCUUGAUCGUUUAUAUGGAAACACUCAAAAAUCACGUCAUAACGAUAACAUGACAAUUGAUGAGUUUUAUGAAGAUGUUUUUAAAUAUUUGGAAUACAUUCAGAAACAAUAUCGCCAUUUGGAAAGUACUAUUAUCAAUAAAAAUGCAAAUAAAGAUCAAGACCGUUCAAAGAGUUCAUCAUAUAAAGCAAAGGAAUCGAAAAGAAUACACAAACCAUCAGCGCCAGUUUUUGGUGGAUUAGCUUGUCCAAAAGUAAAGAUUUUAUCAACAAAUAAAAGCACUGAUGUAUUAAAAGAAGACAAAGUAAAUUUGCCAGAACAAACAGAACUCUCUUGUAGCUCAACAGAAGCUGGUAAAAUUAUUAUCAAAGAAGACGAUAAAAACACAUCAACACUUGGAACAUGUGAUCAAGCAACAAUCAAAUCACUUGACGCAGCGGACGUCCCAGAUUCAAACUCUAAUUCGACAGUGAAUACAAAUAAACCAGAAAAAGACUCUGGUAUACAAACAACAAAUAGUAACAACGAAGAUUCUCAAAAAGCAUCAAUAUUUGGCGAAGGUGUGAGUAGCAUUACCGAAGACCCAGCAGCAUUCAAACCUCUUGAGGCAUUGUCUGUCCCAGAUUCAAACACGAAUUCAACUGCCAACACAAGCUCUGAAAAAGGAUGUGGUUCCUUAUCAUUUGCUGGACCAGAAUCCUACUCCCCUAGUAGUCCAAUAGAAUCAACAAACAAAACUAUUAAAGAAGAUCUGAAAAAAGAACAAGACUCCAUUAAGAUCAUCGACCCAGCAACACCUUUAUCAUUUGGAACAAUAUUUGGCCCAGCUUCAAACUCUUCUUCGACAACUUCCUCACCAUUUGGGACAGUCUCUGCCCCAGUUACAAGCUCCAAUUCGGGAUCAAUAUUUGGACCAAAUCCGACUAAGAUAAUCGACCCAUUAUCUUCAGCAUUUGGGUCAAUCUUUGUCCCAGUUUCAAACUCAAAUUCGAAAACUUCCUCACCAUAUCGGACUGUCUCUGCACCAGUUUCAAGCUCCAAUUCGGGAUCAUUAUUUGGACCAAAUUCUGCUGCAACCACUUCAGCAUUUGGAGCAGUCUCUGUCCCAGUUUCAAAAUCUGAUUCCACAACAUCCUCCCCAUUUGGGACAUCAAGCUCUAUUUCUACAUCGAUGUUUGGAGCAAUUUCAAAACAACCUUCACUAUUUGGUACAGCAGUUUCUGUUCCAGUUUCAAACUCUAAUUCCACAACAUCCUCACUAUUUGCUCCAGUUUCAGGCUCUAAUUCGGCAUUAACAUUUGGAGCUAGUCCCACUAAAACAAUUGUUCCUGCAACUGGUUUAACAUUUGGGGCAUUCUCUGUCCCAGUUUCAAACUCGAAUUCAAAUUCAUUAUUUCGAGGAACACCUUUAGCAAGCUCUAUAAAUAUUAAACCGGAAGAGCCUAGAGGUUCUAUUUCUUUCUCAUUUACCGGACCAACAGUAUCCUAUUGCAGCACAACAGAAGCAACAAAUAAAAGUAGUAUCAAGGACGUUCCUAAGAAAACAUUGAUGUUUGGAGUACCGGAUGCCCCAAAUUUAAACUUUAAAUUUUGCAGUUCUGAUGAAGCAACCAAAAUAAAGGAAACCAGCAAGACUCAAGAUCCAAUAAAUAAAGUCGAAGAAUCAGCUAAAAUUUCAACCCAAAAUUUACAAAAAUCAGUUUUCACCAAUUCUGGUUUUGCUGCACCACCAACUACCAAUGCACCAGCAGUACCCUCUUUUUUCGCAUCAGGAAACAGUAAAAGUAAUGAAGAACAUAAGUUUACUUUUGGUUUUGGUCAAAGUCCAACAUCCAAACAACUUGCCACUGAUGAUGAACAUAAUUAUUCCAAAGCUGGUUCGGAGACAAAAGGAGUGACCUUUUCAUCACCUAGUAACACAGGUGUUACCACAACUUCAACUGGAGGUUUCACAUUUGGCUUAAGCAAUUUCGGUUCUAGCCAUAAUCCACCUAAAAACCUUUCACCUUUUGGAACGAGUCGGGGAUUUGUUUCAGCUAAAGCAACUAAAAACUCAAGCAAUUCCAUGCCAUCUUUGCCAUCACCAAGUUCGGUUUUUGUGAAGUUAGUUGACAAAGCUAUGGCAAAUAAAAAUCCAAGUUCACCUGCAACUGAGUCUAAAGAAAAAGAUUUAUCAAUCAACAAAAGUUGGAAAAACCCAAAUCACCCAGAUAAUAUUGAAAGUGGAGUAAAUAAUGCCAAAGCAAAUGAACAAAUGAACGUUCAAGAUGGUUUUGUAUUUCGAACAUCAAAACCACUUAAUAUGAAAAAAAUCAGUGAUGAAUUAGCAUCUUUAGAAGCCAAUGAAAUUGAGAAAGAAAAUCAGCGUAAAGUCUCGUUGACUAAAUCGGAUACUGAUAGUGAUAUUUCAAACUACAGUUUGAUAUCUAAUCCAUCAAACCAAGAAGAUGACAAAGAAAAAGAGGAAAAUCCAAUUGGAAUUAAAAUGACACGUUACGGCUACUACACCAUACCUUCGCUUGACAAUUUAAAAUAUUUUAUCUCUGAUGAUGGAGCUUGUAUUGUUCCCACUUUCACAAUUGGCCGUAAAGGUUAUGGAAAAGUCUGUUUCAAUAAUGAAGUCAAUGUAACUGGUAUAAAUAUUGACGACUUAGUUCAUUUCCGAAACAAAGAAAUUAUAAUUUAUCCCAAUGAAAAUGGAAAUAACACAACAAUUGCAAAUGAUUUGAAAAAGUGUGAUGCAUUGGUUAUUUUGGAACAAGUUUGGCCGCUUGACGAGGCAACACACGAACCAAUCAAAGAUCCGCAGCAUUUGGAUAAAAUUAAAUAUGAAGAUAAAUUACGUUUGGCUUGCCAUAAGAAUGAUAUACAUUUUGUAGAGUAUCACCCAGAAACCGGAAGUUGGUUAUUCAAAAUGAAACAAUUUACCAAAAAUAAUAUUAAUUGCUGGAAUGAGGAAGAUGAUGAAGAUGUUUCCCAAAAUAAUCAGUGUCCAAUAGGAACUCCGGAAACAAUGAAAUUACAGCCUACUAAGAAAGCAGAAGAACAAGGACCGCCUAAUAAGAAAAUCUUUUUCUAACUAAUAAAAGAGAUAAUAUUUAUGUUUUGAUUCACUUUAUGUAUUAAUGAAAAAAAAAAAUAUAUUAAAUAUGUUAAUGGCUUUAAUUAAAAAAAUAUGUUUUUUUUUAA